AUGCAUCACAAACGAGCUCCCACUUUUGGUGCUCUCUUUCGAGCAGACUCGAGCAAACUGUUGCCAACUUCCGCAUCUUCCGAUGACCCUCUUCUGGCUGCUUUAACUACAGUCCAAGAGCAAUACAUCACUGCCAAUGAUCAAAGCCAUAAGGCUCAUGAAGAAGCAUGCCAUGACUUCCCUGGUGGCAACACUCGGACUGUCCUCCACGCUAGUCCAUUUCCAUUGACGUUUAUCAAGGCAAAAGGCUGCGAGUUGACGAGCUUGGAUGGCACGACAUAUGUUGACUUCCUUGGCGAGUAUACAGCUGGCAUUUAUGGUCACUCAAAUGAGAAAAUUGCAGCUGCUGUAUCAGAAUGCAUGAGUAGAGGUUGGAAUUAUGGCGGGCCAAACAUUUACGAAAGGCAACUAGCUCGAAAGGUUACAGAACGUUUCUCUCCCUCUGGCAUCGAACUCGUCCGCUUUACCAAUUCUGGGACAGAAUCGAAUACAAUGGCUAUUGCUGCUUCUCUUGUUGUCACUGGCCGCAAGACAGUUCUCGCAUUCAAGAACGGAUAUCAUGGAGGAACACUGUCAUUCCCUAUCACACUGAAAGAUAUCAACGUCAAUCUUCCCCAUGAUUUCGUUCUUGCUCCUUAUAACGAUAUCGAAGGUACGAAAGCUGUCAUUGCAAGUUUGCCCAAAGAUUCUGUAGCUGCAAUUAUUGUCGAGUGCGUUCAGGGGAGUGGUGGCUGUAUUGUUGGGAAUGUGGAUUUCUUAAGUUUCUUGAACAAGGCAGCAAAUGAGCUGAAUGCAGUCUUCAUCGUUGAUGAAGUAAUGACGUCUCGCCUGUCCUAUCAUGGAUACUCGUCCGAACUUGGACUUCGACCAGAUCUUGUCACUCUUGGAAAGUGGAUUGGUGGAGGCAUGACCUUCGGCGCUUUCGGAGGACGAAAAGACGACGGUAUCAUGAGUCUCUUCGACCCUCAAGUCGGUAUGCUAGGCCAUUCCGGGACCUUCAACAACAAUAUUGUGAGCAUGGCUGCUGGAUGUGUAGGAAUGGACAUCUACAAUGAGGAGCAGGUAAAACGGUUGAACGCUCUAGGGGAGAGCCUGAAAUUGAAGAUAGAGGUAGUGCUGGAGACGCAUGGAGUACAUCCUCCUGCGACCAUGAAGGCUGGUACAUCCCCUCUGAACCAAGAAGCAGAGUCUCCGUUCACAGGCUUAGAAUCCGAACCCUCGCUUGCGAAUGGUGUUGUAGCCGAGCUUCAACAACACGAGUCAGGUGGAAGAGCGAAGAACCACAUGUGGAUCACGGGAAAGGGUAGUAUGCUUUGUGUACACUUUUCUGGAGAAUGUGAGAUGAGUCUGAAAGCCCUGUAUUGGCAUCAUAUGCUGGAUCAUGGGAUCUACAUGGCGCAGAGAGGGUUCAUGGCACUGAACAUUGAGUUGAACGAGGAACAUAUCGAGAGGUAUGCGAAAGCAGUUGAAGAAUUCGUGGUGAAGUGGAAGCCAGCUCUCAAAUGA